AUGGACGACACAUACAAGCGACUCGCAUCAGAAAUAUGCACCGCAGCCGUCAAAAAGUCACCCGGCAGACUAUUGGUCGGCGUCGCAGGGCCCCCCGGAUGUGGGAAAUCGACUAUCGCCGAGCAAGUGGUAGAAAUUAUCAACGAAUCAACCUCGACUGACGCCCUUUGCCACGCACAAGCCGUAUCCUUGGAUGGAUUUCACUAUACUCGCAGCUUUCUGAAUACACUUCCAAAUCGGGAAGAAGCCUAUGUUCGACGAGGAGCUCCUUGGACUUUCGACAUUGAUGCCAUCCUUGCUUUCGUUACCAGCCUUGCGGUGUCUGCAACAUUGCCAGCCACAAAACGACCACGGAUACGAGCACCAUCCUUCGACCACGCCUUGAAGGAUCCGAAAGUGGAUGACAUCGAGAUAUCUCCGGGCACAUCAAUCGUACUGCUGGAUGGAAAUUACUUGCUCCUGGACGAGGAGAAAUGGAAGGACAUCAACCCUCACCUCGAUGUGAAGAUUUUCGUUGACGUUGAUGCCAGCGUGGCACGUGAAAGAGUGGCAAAGCGACAUGUGGCUGCCGGUAUCGAGCCAACAUUAGAAAAGGGCCAGGAGAGGUUCGAUCUCAAUGAUGCGAUCAAUGGAGAACUGAUCCGGGGGAAUAUAGUAUCAUGUGACUUGGUGGUCAAGAGUAUACCGGCCACAUAG